CUAACACGCACAGUUGUCUCGUUUCGUUGUCCAUACAUUUGACAGUACAGUAGCAGGAUGGUUCGGGUGGUCUUCCUGCACCCUGAUCUGGGUAUAGGUGGUGCAGAGAGGCUGGUGGUGGAUGCGGCCGUGGCUCUCCGUUCUCGUGGUUGUAGCGUUCAGAUCUGGACUGCUCACUACGAUCCACAUCACUGCUUCUCGGAGACCCUCUCUCCAGACCUGCCCGUAGUGUGUGUGGGUGACUGGCUUCCCACUAGCGUGUUUGGAUACUUCCAUGCCCUAUGUGCCUACCUGCGAAUGAUCUAUGUGGCAUUUUACCUGAUCUUCCUCAGCGGAGAGGAGUUUGAUGUCAUCUUCUGUGACCAAGUUUCUGCGUGUAUCCCUGUGUUGCGUCUAAGCCGUCACAGGAAGAAGGUCCUGUUUUACUGUCACUUCCCUGACCAGCUGCUUACACAGCGACGCUCGCUGCUGAAGCGACUUUACCGCGCUCCAAUCGACCGUCUGGAGGAGGUAACCACCGGCAUGGCGGACCGUGUGGUUGUCAACAGUCGUUUCACUGCCGGUGUCUUCAAACAGACUUUCCCACGUUUGUCAGGGGUCAAAACAGACGUUUUGUAUCCCUCGCUGAACUUUUCUGCCUUUGACGGAGAAGUGGAUGACAUUGGAGGGCUGGUUCCUGAAGGGAGGAGCUUUGUCUUCCUGUCAAUCAACCGCUACGAGCGGAAGAAAAACUUGCCAUUAGCUUUGCAGGCAUUAGCGGCUUUGAGGGAAAGAGUGGCUAAGAAGCAGUGGGACCGUGUGCACUUGGUCAUGGCUGGCGGUUACGACGAGCGUGUGCUUGAAAACGUGCAGCAUUACGAAGAGCUGCGCUCACUAGCGACCUCCCUAGGCCUGGAGGACCGCGUGACAUUCCUCCGAUCUUUCUCUGACAAGCAGAAAGUUGCUCUCCUACACGGCAGCACCUGCGUACUUUACACACCCAGCAACGAGCAUUUUGGUAUUGUGCCCGUGGAAGCUAUGUACACCCGUUGCCCCGUCAUUGCCGUCAAUUCCGGCGGGCCCCUGGAGUCUGUCUCGCACGAGGAGACCGGUUUCCUGUGCGAGCCCACCCCGGGGAGCUUCUCGGAGGCCAUGAAACACUUCGUGUCGGACCCGCAGCUCAGGCAGCGCAUGGGAGAAGCCGGCAGAGAGAGGGUCCUAAAAUAUUUCUCUCUAGAAGCUUUUACCGAACAGCUGUACAAUCACAUCCUUAGCCUGACCCAUUGACAUUAUGACAUCAUAAUGGAACCUCACAUGGCGAGGGUUCCAUUUGUUCUUUUGACUGGCGCAUUCCACAUUCCCCAAUUCUAGUUGCUGAGCUGGGAACCAAUGGAAGAAUGUUUUCUCCAAUUAAAGAAAAGAGCACUGGAGGUGUUAGGAGUUUACUUGGGUGAGGGGUCUGGCUGUGGGGACAAUAGCGGCUCCAGACCUGACCAAGGGGAGAAUGCCUGGCGUGUGACUGACUGAGACGUUAAUGAAUUACUGUGUCCUGGCUGCUUGCAUCGAUCUUGUGUCUCAUCUCAGGGCCUAAGUAGAGUGUCUGAAGCCUGUGUGUGUGUGUGUGUGUGUGUCCACUGCUUUUUUUUUUUUUUUCUUAAACUGUACACCAUUAGAGAGUUUCCGGACGGGGCGUGGAGUGGAAAUCGAUGGGGAAUUUUGUGCCCUCUUAUGCCUUCCAGUGCAAAGGGUUUUGUUCAAUGAGAACAAUGGAGCAUGUUGAUAGAAGGAGGAAAAAAAAAAGAAGGAAAAAAGCUCAUACCCAACUCAAACAAGAGGUCUGUAAUAAGUUACUGAGAGUGCAGCGCGCGGAGAAAGUUUUUCUAAGAGACAGAAGGUCAUGUUCCGUUAUUGGGUUUGACGGGUUUGUUAGCGAGUUUCCCCACAGAUGAAACUUUAUUGAUAGGAACCUCAGAUCAUCAUUAAACGAGGUGA